AUGACAGUAAGCUCUAAUACUGUGGCAGAAAUAUCAUCAGGUUGGUCCGUUCAAGACUGGAUUGACUUCCACAAGUCUUCGAGUCCUCAGGCUUCACUGAAGCUUCUUGAAUCGCUACUAGACUCUCAAAAUGUCGCACCAGUCGAUAAUGCGUGGAUAUCGCUGGCUUCAAAGGAAAACCUAUUGCACCAAUUCCGGAUUCUAGAAAGCAGAAAAAAUAAAGAAACUUUGCCUCUUUACGGUGUUCCCAUCGCUGUCAAAGACAACAUUGAUGUUAGAGGUUUACCUACCACCGCAGCAUGCCCAUCUUUUGCAUAUGAGCCAUCUAAAGACUCUAAAGUAGUCGAAUUACUAAGAGAUGCAGGUGCGAUAAUUAUGGGUAAGACCAAUCUAGACCAGUUUGCUACGGGCUUAGUGGGCACACGGUCUCCAUAUGGGAAAACCCCUUGUGCCUUUAGUAGCGAACAUGUAUCUGGUGGUUCCUCUGCUGGGUCGGCAUCAGUCGUUGCUAGAGGUAUUGUACCAAUUGCAUUAGGUACGGAUACAGCUGGUUCUGGCAGAGUUCCAGCCGCCUUGAACAACUUGAUUGGUCUAAAACCGACGAAAGGCGUCUUUUCCUGUCAAGGUGUGGUCCCUGCUUGUAAAUCUUUGGACUGCGUUUCCAUCUUUGCAUUGAACUUAAGUGAUGCAGAACGCUGCUUCGGCAUCAUGUGCCAACCAGAUCCUGAGAAUGACGAAUAUUCAAGACCAUAUGUUUCCAAUCCUUUAAAAAAAUUUCCAAAGAAUGCAACCAUCGCUAUUCCAAAAAAUAUUCCAUGGUAUGGAGAAACCAAGAACCCUGUGCUGUUUACCAAUGCUAUUGAAAACUUAUCCAAAACGGGCGCUAACGUUAUAGAAAUUGAUUUUGAACCUCUUUUAGAGUUGGCUCGUUGCUUAUACGAAGGUACUUGGGUGGCCGAGCGUUAUCAAGCUAUUCAGUCUUUUUUGGAGGGCAAACCUCCAAAGGAGUCUUUGGACCCUACUGUUAUUUCAAUUAUAGAAGGGGCAAAGAAAUACAGUGCGGUAGAUUGCUUCAGUUAUGAAUACAAAAGACAAGGCAUUUUGCAAAAAGUGCAAGAACUUCUCAAAUCUGUCGACGUCUUGUGUGUACCCACAUGUCCUUUAAAUCCAACUAUGCAACAAGUUGCGGAUGAGCCGGUCUUAGUCAAUUCAAGACAAGGCACAUGGACCAAUUUUGUCAACUUGGCAGAUCUAGCUGCACUUGCUGUCCCUGGAGGAUUUAGGGACGAUGGCUUGCCAAACGGUAUUACCUUGAUCGGUAAGAAAUUCACAGAUUACGCCCUGUUAGAGUUGUCUAACCGUUAUUUCCAAAAGGCAUUCCCCAACGGGUCCAGGAGUUACGGCAUUUUUACAAGUCCUUCAGUAAAACCAGUAAACGACCAAUUAACCGGUCCAAACUACGACCCAUCCACUUCCAUUAAACUAGCCGUUGUUGGUGCUCACCUGAAGGAUCUUCCUUUGCACUGGCAAUUGGAAAAGGUCAAUGCAACAUAUUUAUGCACAACUAAAACGUCAAAAUCUUAUCAGCUUUUUGCUCUGCCUAAAAAUGGCCCUGUUUUAAAACCGGGGUUGAGAAGAGUUCAAGAGGGUGAUGGGUUCCAAGUCGAGUUAGAAGUUUACAGCGUUCCUAAAGACCAGUUUGGUACUUUUAUAUCUAUGGUUCCUGAACCAUUAGGAAUAGGUUCAGUAGAGUUAGAAUCCGGCGAAUGGAUUAAAUCUUUCAUUUGUGAGGAAUCUGGUUACAAAGCUAAAGGUACGGUAGACAUCACGAAAUAUGGUGGAUUUAGAGCUUAUUAUGAAAUGUUAAAGAAAAAAGAGUCCGAAAAGAAGAAGUUAUUUGAUACAGUAUUAAUUGCUAACAGAGGUGAAAUAGCUGUUCGUAUUAUCAAGACAUUGAAAAAAAUGGGUAUUAAGUCAGUUGCAGUCUAUUCCGACCCUGACAAGUAUUCUCAACAUGUUACUGAUGCUGAUAUUUCUGUUCCCCUUCACGGCACCACCGCUGCACAAACUUAUUUGGAUAUGGAUAAGAUUAUAAACGCCGCUAAACAAACCAACGCGCAAGCCAUUAUUCCUGGGUAUGGUUUCUUGUCGGAAAAUGCAGAUUUUUCUGAUGCAUGUACCAAUGCUGGCAUUACCUUUGUAGGUCCUUCUGGGGAUAUUAUUAGAGGUUUAGGGUUAAAACAUUCAGCUAGGCAAAUCGCCCAGAAAGCUGGUGUUCCUUUAGUGCCAGGUUCUUUACUUAUCACCUCUGUUGAAGAGGCUAAGAAAGUUGCAGCAGAAUUAGAAUAUCCAAUAAUGGUGAAGUCAACUGCUGGUGGUGGUGGUAUUGGUCUGCAAAAAGUUGAAUCCGAAAAGGAUAUUGAACAUAUUUUCGAGACCGUGAAACAUCAAGGUAAAACAUUCUUCGGUGAUGCUGGCGUAUUUUUGGAACGAUUCAUUGAAAAUGCUAGACACGUUGAAGUUCAACUUAUGGGUGAUGGUUUUGGGAAAGCAAUUGCUUUGGGUGAACGUGAUUGUUCUCUACAACGUCGUAACCAAAAAGUCAUCGAAGAAACACCCGCUCCAAAUCUACCAGAAAAGACGAGGCUGGCGUUAAGAAAGGCAGCCGAAAGCCUGGGCUCUUUAUUGAAUUACAAGUGUGCUGGUACUGUUGAAUUUAUAUACGAUGAAAAGAAGGAUGAAUUUUACUUCCUAGAGGUUAACACAAGAUUACAAGUUGAGCAUCCAAUUACAGAAAUGGUUACAGGACUGGACUUGGUCGAGUGGAUGGUCAGGAUUGCCGCUAAUGAUGCACCCGACUUUGAUUCUACAAAGGUUGAAGUGAAUGGUGUUUCAAUGGAAGCACGUUUAUAUGCUGAGAAUCCAUUGAAAAAUUUUAGACCUUCUCCAGGUUUGCUUGUCGAUGUGGAAUUCCCUGAUUGGGCAAGAGUGGAUACUUGGGUUAAAAAAGGUACUAAUAUAUCUCCCGAGUAUGAUCCAACAUUGGCCAAAAUUAUCGUCCACGGAAAGGACCGUAACGAUGCAAUUUUCAAGUUGAACAAAGCCCUGGAAGAGACGAAAGUGUAUGGAUGUAUCACUAACAUUGACUAUCUAAAAUCUAUUAUCACCUCUGACUUUUUUGGUGAAGCAAGGGUCUCCACUAACAUUUUGAAUUCUUAUCAAUAUGAACCCACCGCAAUCGAAGUAACGUUGCCUGGUGCCCAUACCAGUAUUCAGGAUUACCCAGGAAGAGUUGGGUACUGGAGAAUUGGUGUUCCACCCUCUGGUCCAAUGGAUGCAUAUUCAUUCAGAUUGGCGAACAGAAUUGUGGGUAAUGAUUACAGAACACCUGCUAUUGAAGUGACCUUGACUGGUCCAUCCAUCGUAUUCCAUUGUGAAACUGUCAUUGCUAUUACUGGUGGUACUGCUACAUGUACAUUAAAUGGACAAGAAAUUCCUCAACAUAAACCAGUUGAUGUCAAGAGGGGUUCUACUUUAUCCAUUGGCAAGUUGACAAGUGGUUGCAGAGCGUACUUGGCUAUCAGAGGGGGCAUCGAUGUGCCUAAAUACUUGGGCUCUUAUUCUACAUUUACUUUGGGAAAUGUUGGAGGGUAUAAUGGAAGGGUGUUGAAACUUGGAGACGUACUGUUUUUGCCAAGUAAUGAAGGGAAGAAAUUAAUUGACACCCCUCCACAAGAUAUCUCUCAAUCUUUAAUUCCUCAAAUUUCUGAAACUAAGGAGUGGAAAAUUGGUGUGACAUGUGGUCCACAUGGUUCUCCGGAUUUGUUUAAACCCGAAUCCAUCGAAGAUUUUUUCAACGAGAAGUGGAAGGUUCACUACAACUCUAAUAGAUUUGGUGUUCGUUUAAUUGGACCUAAACCUAAAUGGGCUAGAAGCAACGGUGGUGAAGGUGGUAUGCAUCCUUCGAACACCCAUGAUUAUGUUUAUUCGUUGGGUGCUAUUAAUUUCACAGGUGAUGAACCGGUUAUUAUUACUUGCGAUGGUCCUUCCUUAGGUGGUUUUGUGUGUCAAGCAGUUGUUCCAGAAGCAGAGUUGUGGAAGGUUGGACAGGUCAAACCUGGUGAUUCCAUUCAGUUUGUACCACUAUCCUAUGAAAGCUCCAGAUCCUUAAAGGAAUCUCAGGAUGUUGCAAUUGAAUCAUUGGAUGGCUCCAAAUUAAAACGGUUGGACUCUGUGUCAGCGCUACCCACUUUCGAAACGCCCAUCCUUGCACAAAUAGAAAAGAAAAAUGAACUUUCACCAAGAGUUGUAUACAGACAAGCAGGUGACCGUUAUAUUUUGGUGGAAUAUGGUGAUAACGAAAUGAACUUUAAUAUUUCUUACAGAAUUGAAUGUUUGAUUGCCCUUGUUAAGAAGAAUGAGACUGUCGGUAUUGUUGAAAUGUCUCAGGGUGUUAGAUCAGUUUUGAUAGAGUUUGAUGGUUACAAAGUGACCCAAAAAGAUCUACUUGAUAUAUUGGUGGCGUAUGAGACUGAAAUUCAAUUUGACAAAAACUGGAAAAUUACUUCUAAUAUAAUCAGAUUGCCGAUGGCUUUCGAAGACUCCAAGACUUUGGCUUGUGUCCAAAGGUACGAAGAAACAAUUCGUUCGUCUGCUCCAUGGUUACCAAAUAACGUUGAUUUUAUUGCCAAUGUGAAUGGUAUCUCAAGAAAAGAGGUUUAUGAUAUGUUGUAUUCAGCCAGAUUCUUAGUUUUAGGAUUAGGUGAUGUUUUCCUAGGAUCGCCUUGUGCUGUUCCAUUGGAUCCUCGUCACAGAUUCCUGGGAAGUAAAUAUAACCCAAGUAGAACAUACACCGAAAGAGGUGCAGUGGGUAUCGGUGGUAUGUACAUGUGCAUAUAUGCUGCCAAUAGUCCUGGUGGGUAUCAAUUAGUUGGUAGAACCGUUCCAAUUUGGGACAAAUUAUGCCUAGCUGCUUCUUCUGAGGUUCCAUGGUUGAUGAAUCCAUUUGAUCAAGUUGAAUUUUACCCUGUCUCUGAAGAGGAUCUAAAUAAAAUGACUGACGAUUGUGAUAAUGGUGUCUUUGAAGUCAACAUCGAGAAGGGCAUUUUUGAUCAUCAAGAGUACAUGAAGUGGGUCGACGCGAACAAAGACUCUAUCACAGAAUUUCAAGAAGGCCAACUUGGUGAAAGAGCUGAAGAAUUCGCCAAAUUGAUAAAAAACGCGAACUCUGACCUGAAAGAGGCUACUACGGUAAAGCAAGAUGAAGAAGAUGAUUUCCCUGAAGGUGCAGAAAUCGUAUAUUCUGAGUAUUCUGGACGUUUCUGGAAGUCUAUAGCAUCUGUCGGAGACGUUAUUGAAGCAGGCCAAGGGCUUCUUAUUAUUGAGGCCAUGAAGGCAGAAAUGAUUAUUUCUGCUCCCAAAUCGGGAAAAAUCAUAAAGAUUUGCCACGGAAAUGGUGAUAUGGUUGAUUCUGGUGACAUAGUAGCCGUUAUAGAAACUAUUGCAUAA